CGCCGCCCGUGGCGCUCCUUCCCCCUCAGCCCACCAGGGGCGGCCACCUUAGGAGAAGCGAAAAGUCCCCUCAGGAGUCUUGCCUCUCCCUUGAGUGGGGCGUGUGGGGAGAGAGAGGCAGCACAUUUUGGGGGCAGAGAUGUCAGGGGUCGUGGUAAAUGGAACGCAAGUAUCUUAUAUCGGUCAAGAUUGCAAAGAAAUCCCAGCAUUCCUAGGAAAAAACUAUGGACGCAUUGCAAAAAGACUGGAUCUUAGCUUCAACUUGUUAAGGUCACUGGAAGGACUGGAGACAUUUAGCGGCUUGGAAGAGCUGAUCUUGGACAACAAUCUCCUCCGGAAUGACCUCCGGUUACCCAGGUUACCACACCUCCAUACCCUGAUGCUGAACAAGAACCAAAUAACAGAACUGGAAAGCCUGCUGGAUCAUCUGGUUGAAGUAGUGCCUUCCUUGGAGUACCUGAGUUUGCUUGGAAAUACAGCAUGUCCAAAUGAACUGGUCUGCAAAGACAAGGAUGAGGGAGACUAUCAGAGGUACAGGUAUUUUGUUCUGCACAAAUUAACCAACUUGAGGUUUCUGGAUUCUCGGAAAGUUGGCAGAAGUGAACGUGAGGAAGCCAUUUUGAGGGGUGCUUUUAUGAAAGUGGUGAAGCCUGUGGAUACAAAGGCAACGACUGAUGGUGCCUCCAUUUCUCCUCAAAUGAACUAUACACCUCUGCCAAGUGGAUCAAGGGACCUCACCAACCACAGAGGUGUCCUAGGGAAAUGCCGCUAUAUCUACUACGGGAAGCAAUCUGAAGGCAACCGGUUCAUCCGUGACGACCAGCUCUGAGGCGAACUCUGCACCGGCAAAACCAUCCACGUUAGCCACACACAUCACACACACACACACACAAAAGCACAAACUUCAUCCACAUCUUUAAAAGGGGUUAAAAAUAAAAAGCUUGUGUAAACCAAAGUCCUCCAGUACCUUCUGCUGACUUUGCCAGACCUGUCAAAAUCAUCCUUCUGCUUUAGCUUGAGUAGUCACAUAGAGAUUGACAUGAUUGCCUCUAAGCAGGUCCCAUCCACCAGUGUGACAGACAGCUGCAGCGAAGCACCAGGCCUGACAGGAAGAACACCAUGAUGGAUUGCCUGGACCAAUUGCUGCUUGCAGAAGAGCAAAGGUCACACCUGGGGCCUCACUGAGCAUGCUCAGCUGCUUUUAACAAAACCAACCCUGUUUUAUCUUCAGCUUGCCUGUUGAGUAAGAAAGCUCUGUGUGUGACUGUGUCUGUGUGUGUGAGAGAG